ACGCGAUCAAAAGGAAAGAAAUUGUUUCUCCGUGUAAAUCUUCUUCUGGAUACACAUUCAAGGACGCAAUCCAAGACGAUCCGAAGAAUCUACCCUCACCUUCUCUUAUUCGUCGAAGGAAAGAGUUCAAUUUCCCCGAUCUUCUCCAUCUAAAAGGAAACCUUUGGAUUCGGGAGAUCUGAGCUCUCUAUUCCGUCUUCUCUUCUUCGCUGAAGGAAACCCAAUAUGCGCCUCAAUCUUCUCUCUUAAUUCAGAUCCAAAAUACCAAAAUUGAAAUUCCAAAUUGAGAAUGGAGAUUUAUCGUCAAAAGAGAUCGAGCAUUUUUGAGGAUUUGACGUCAUCUUCUCUGUCGUCGUCCCCUCGAGCGCAAAAAGAAUCAGCUGUUCAUCUUUCUGUCCGCCCAGAUCCAUCAUCAGUUGUUCAUCUUUCUGUCCGCCCUGAUCCAUCACCAGUUUCUUCUCCGUCUCAUCGCCACUGGACAAAGAGAGGAUGUAUAGUGAGGAAGCGUGCAGCGCGAUGUCUUCAAUCAAAUUUUGGUGGAUAAAUCGUUUAUUUUCAAGGUUGAGGUCAGGUUGAAAACACAAUUGGAUUUUCAACUGGUGGAAAGGCAGUGACACAAGGUAUUUCAACUGAGGAGGCGUCAUACUACAUAAAGGUUUUAAAGAACAAAUUAUAUUGAUUCGCUCAGGUUGUGGUUAGGUGUAAUAAUUAUGAUUACUUCUGACUUAAACAUGCAUUAUGAUUCUUGGUCUCUUUGGUAAGUCUAAAACCUCAGUUACAUCAUCAAGGGAGACUCGAGACCAUAUUUAGGUUUGGGAACGAACUAGGCAUACAUAUAAUGUCAUAACUUAGUUGAGCAUUGACGUGAUCCUAUACCAUAAUAUAGGGUCAUCAAUGGA